UUUCGACAACAGUUCGAACGCAGUCGUCGCCGAGGAGCCACCUCCAUCGCCACAAAAUCAGAGAUAUAUACGAAUACAAUACACCACAACACAACAUCACAGACAAGCAAGUGAGAGAGAAAGAGACAGCAAACGAAAGCAAAGCUAAGCGAACAGCGCAGAAAGAAAGUCGACGCGAAUCGCGCGCGUUUUGUUGUUGUUGUUGUGCUUGUGUUGCCAGUGAAAUCAGUGCAAGUGUAUGCGAGUGUUGUAUUGCGUGUGUGUUUGUCUUUUACGAAAUACUCACUACCCAAAGCCAACGAACUGAUUUUAAGAAGUGCUGUGUAGCCGUUACCCAAGUCACCACUGCCAAAUUGCAAGUGUUUUUGUUACAGUGUGGUGGAAAGUUGUUGCAACGAUCGAACGAUUGGCCAAGACAACAGCAAAUAGUUAUCAGCAAAUACAACUGUGACGCGGUUGUUCCAUUGAUUAGCAGCUAAGCUAAUCGACACAAAACCCAGCCCAUAAGUUACCAAAAAUACAACAAAAAUUCAACAGAAAUAUGAAGUUGUUGUGCCUAAGUCUGCUGCUGCUUGGGGCGCUGCCCAUGCUGUGCCACGCCUAUCCCGCAGCGACGAGCAGCAGCUCCGAUGCGUUAGACAAAUCACUGUCGCUGGAAGACACAGAUCUGGACAAUGAUCAGGGCGAGAGCAUCAAGGAAUCACAGAUUGCCAAGCGAUCCGGCAGCUUUGACUAUGUGACGCAUCUGAAGUCUGGUCUGCUGUCCAGCAUUGGCCAGGCAUCCGCCUCCAUUGCCUCUGGCAGCUCAGGCGGCAGCAGCAGCAGUGGCGGCGACAGCUACAAAUCCCACGAGAUUGUCGUUCACGGCAACUCGGUGGACUAUGAUCCCUGGUCGUUCAAGAAAUCGGUGCUCAACACCAUCUUCCAGGCGGUUAAAGCCAUUACUGGCGGUGUGACCGCACUCAAGGGUCAACUGAUCAAGGGCAGCGGUUAUGUGUUGAGUGCUAGCGGCAAUCUGGUGGCCGCCGGUGGCGACAAGGUCACCGAUGUGGGCAAAUCCAUUAUCAAUUCGGCGCACGCCAACACACACACUUACUCCACUAGUCACUCGAGCGGCAGCGGCUUCGUUCAUCCCUUUGCCAAGCUGAGCUCCUUAUCCGGCGCCUCUUCGGGCGGCAGCAGCGGCGGCAGUGGCAGCAAAUCGGCGCCAGGUCCCGUCAUCCACACAGAGACCAUCACAUCGUACGAGCUGCCGUCGGGACACGCCAACUAUGGCCCACCAUCGAAGCCACCAUCGUUUAGCAGUGCCACACAUCAGUAUCUGCCACCAGCUGGCGCCAGCUAUGUGAGCGCCGGUGGCGGCGGUGCCCCAUUCAGCAUCGGGCAUGCGGCAUUCGAGGAGCAGCAGAACAACUACUUGCCUUCGGCCUAUGGACAAGAUGUGGCCACCGCCGGCACCGACGACUUCAAUGUCUAUGGACGCCACAAGAAACUGACCGACGAAGAGGCACGCAAGGCAGCGCUCCAGCUGCAGGAGAUUCUCAGUCUGCUGCCCAACGGCAAGACGGAGUACACCGCCUCUAAGACUGUCGCACUGGAUACGAAUGCGGGCAACAAUAACAUUGAACAGGCCGACAUCUACAACAGCUACGGUGUUCCACUGCCUCACAAUCUCGGCACACUGGAAUCCUUGUCCCACACUGAGUCCAUUACUGCAGCGUACGUGCCCAAGGUGGUCAAUAAUCAAGGCGCUGCAGAUGCCUAUCAUCAGAUGGCCAAACGGCCGCAGACACCUGAGGAAGCCUACAUACAGAAGCAUCCCAAUGAGGGCUACGAUUAUCAGCCACCUGCACCAGCGGCCACAGCGCCCGCCAAUGAUUAUCGCGUGGACAACUAUCAUGCCAAUAAGAACAAUGCGCUCAAAGAUCUGUCACCCAUUAUUGCCGCCUUGGAGGUGGCCAAGCGCAAGGGACCCGGACCAAGCAACAGUGGCCCCGUGACCUAUGCCAUCGAAAAGCAGGUGCAAAAGGUGGCACCAUUCCAAUUUCUGCCGCCAGUGGUGCAGAAAUCCAAGUACAUUUACAGCGCACCACCAUCGCCAGCUGGUCCGCCACCACCACAGCCACCUAGACCGCAUUAUGGUGGCAGCUAUAAGGUGCGUCGACAUGUGGUCAUGCGACCAGGUCGGACUAGCAGCUCACGCGUGUCGCGAGCACUAGAUUACGAGAUUCAGGAUCCGCUGAUGUUCAAUCGCCUAAUGGAAGUUUAGGCAUUGUCUAGGCACUGGGCGGGUGUUAUACAAUAUUGUAGUCUAUUUAUAGUCCUCUAAGUCAUAUGCAGCAUUUAUCUAUAUAGUUUCUUCGUAACCUAACUUAUUUAUGUCCUGAUCCCUAUGCAACAUAAUUUAUUGAACUCGCCACGCGAGAGGCAAUAAAGGAGUUUAAAAAAAAAAAUUGCACGGCAUGCAUACUUUUGGCACCAUGCUCUACACUCUGUUUGCACUGCUUUUAUGUAUCGAAACCACCGCAUCACCCUCCACACACUCCUCUUCCCACUAUCACCUUUGUCCAACUGGAAACUGGCUAUGAAGCAUAAUCAUCUCGUAUCGAUCACAUCUGACCUGACACUCUCU